AUGGAAUCUACAACGAGCCCUCGCAUUCACAUAAUCCGUCACGGACAAUCUCUCCAUAACGUCGAUCGCGGCUACCCCCACCGCGACCCACCCUUGACGGAUGCAGGGCACGAACACACUAAGCAGAUUGAGAUCCCAGCCGUCCCAGAUCUCGUUGUCAUCUCGCCCAUGACACGUACCAUACAGACUGCAAUGAACGUUUUCCCGUCCCUCACCUCGGCUCAAGACAAGAUCGAGGUACAAAUCUGGCCUGAUUUGCGCGAGGCUCACGAAGCGAUUUGCAACAAAGGAAUUUCUCGGGCCGAAAUUUCUGCGAAGUUCCCACACCUGAACUUCUCGGAUUGUCCAGAAGAAUGGGACCAUCCGCCACACACUAUAGAGGAUGCCACCAUACGCGCCGAGGAGGUUCGUAAACGCUUGAAAGCCCUCCCGAAGGAAUACAAGAAUGUCGCGCUCAUUACUCAUCGAGGAUUCAUUGCGUUUCUCGUUAAGGGAGAUCGGUACGAUGUGUGUGAAACACGCUCUUAUCGUUUUGGCACAGAUGAGGAGAGUGAGGCAGAAUCUUUGAGGUAUGGAACCAACGUCGAUACAAGGGCAAAGCAAGACUUUGGCCCAACAGUCCUUAUACCAUGCUCUUUCAAGGAAGAUUGA